AUGAGUUUCAAAGAAUCAAUAAAUAACAAUGAAAAUAAUAUGAGUGAGCAUUUGAACAAUUUUUGUAAAUCCUUUAAUAAUUCAGCAAUAUCAUUGGAAACUAAUAAAAAAACUAUUCCACUUAACAUCAACGAUGCUCUUAAUUCCGAAUCAAAAGGAGAAAACUUAGAAAAUUACGUUGAAAACAUGCUUAACGAAUUAAAAAAUAAAAUGCAAAAUCUAUCAAAUAACUUAUUAAGUAAAGUAGAUAACAUGGAAAAAUCUUUAGAAGACUUAGAAAAUGUAAUGAUUGAUUUUACAAAUAAGAGUAACGAUUAA